GCUGACAAUUAAACAGAGGGGUACAAAUUGAAAUUUCGAGUGAAGAAGCGUUCUCUCAUCGCGAAAUAGCCAGAAUGUUAAAUGUCUCCAAGCAUGUCUACAGAGAAAAAGGUUGACAGGAAGCAAUAUUGACCAGAAACAGUCUGGGGCAGGAAAGUGACAUCAAAAGCUGAAGAUCAGCACUUAGUUGUGACGUGCAAAAGAACUCGGAAGUUUACUGUAAUGGUCUGAGAACUGUGAAUUAAUGUGAACAGAGGGAAACCUCUUACUACAGUCAAGUGAAGACUGAGAGCUGCUGGGCUGUAUGGUCAAGCUGCUGCCAGAAAACCUUUACUUUGUGGUGUUGACCACAGGCCAAACAACACGAACACUGGAGUGUUCAGGACUGGGAGCAGGUCUUGUGGAACGAGUUGGACCAAAAAGUUUGAAAUGAGCAUCUAGAAAAUGAGACACAACUGUUUGCAUGCUGGAAAAGGUGCUGGGAGCUUUUGGAUACCAAGUUAUUUCCAAAACUUGCUGGCAAGGAUGCUGUGCAUCCGCUGCUGUGAUGAAGGCAAGGGGUGGAUAUUUUGAUGAAACUCAUACUUUGGCACUCGCCGUCAUUAUCGUUUGUUUUUGUUUUUGUUUUUUUUAAAUCGAAGCCCAAACUUCUGGCCUGUUGUGUAUAAAUAAUUUGCUUUAUAUCUGUAGUUUAAGUUGGCCAAUACUGUGACUUUCCUCACAUUUUGGUGAGACAUGUCUGAAUCGCUGUUACUUCUGUUUUCCAGACUUCUCUCUGGAAGAGGAGUAAUGUUAUUUUAGCAGAUUAUAUGACAUUAAAAGACUGAUGACAGAUUGGGGUCAGGGGGCAGUAUUGCCACAUUUUGCGAGUAUGAGGAUGAUUUCAGAAACUCCAGAGCGGCAUCCUCACCAUGGGAAGCAUGCAGACUGUACUCGGUGCAGACAGUCCGGCCCUCGGUUAGGUACAUCUCAGGACAGUCAGAUUCUGAUACCAGCAUGGCGUGAGAAGUCCCCUCUGCUGGGUCAGCCGUUCUCUGGGCAUGGUCCCCUACACCAGUCCAGUAGGAUGCACAUUGGCAUCCGUGUGUCAAGGCUGGAGACUUUAGCUCUGUCGGUAAUUUCUCCAAUCUUUUCCUCCUGCCUGCUCACAUCCUUAUGAAGCUGAUUCCCAAAUCGGUUUCUGGUACCACUUCUUCGUUGGGUAAAGAUUUGCGAUGUCAUAACUUGUGUGUAUGCCAUUCUGACAAACACCUGUAGCUCAUCGAUCAUUUUGAUGCAUAAAGCAUGAUAUUGCUGUCUUGCAUGUGGCUGGUAAAAGGUCGACAAGCAGGAAGUAUGGACAUUAAAAAAAAACUCCACCUAAACUUUUUUAUAUGAAUAGUUUAAGAUGACCCGUGCUGCUCUGCAGUGAUGUUCCAAACGAUGCAAGCAUCGCGCACGUUUGAAUCUGAACUUCAGUUCAGAAUUGUCCGGUUUCCAGAUUGCCCUCUACUGGUCAGAGUAGGAUUGGAAAGAAAAGGCAAAAUAGGGUUGUUUGCAGAAUUGUAUUGAAAUGCACAGAAGGAAAUACAUUUUUUAAAUCUUAUUUUUAAUUUUUCAUUAUUUCUGGGGCUACAGGGACGAGAAAUAAACAUACUAGCGCUUCAUGCGUCUAAUUAAUAUUGGAUAAAUUGGGGGGAAAAUGUAACAGUGUUGUUUGCUACCCCCCACGUGGUAUGAAGGCGUUUUGUUCACUGAAUUAUGUUUGAGGAUAUGUGUAUAUGAAAUGUAUUACAAAUAUAAAGUUGAAAUGUCAGCCGCGUCUUUUAAACUCAGUGCCAGCACGGUGAAUAAUAUAUUCUGUCCACUUAAGGAGGCCAAUUUUGUUCAGCUUCUGGCUCUGAAAGAAAGCGAUUCAGUGUCAUGUGUUUGGGAGUGGAGGAGAAAAGGGGAGUGUUUGUGUGUGCAGGAGAGGGUGACGAGAGUAAAUAUGUGUGUGUCAGAGAGGAGGUUGUGUUUGUUGUGUGUGUCCGACACAGGAAGAAGGUCGCAUACUGUUUUCCUAUAUAUAGUUGACACAGAUGUAGUUGUGCACUUUGUAGAGUCACGUAGACUUACGUUCAUCCCAAAAAUUGCUCCGCAUAUGUCUAUUUAACCAGUUCCUAAGCAAUCGUGCCUGUAACGCCCGGCAAUCACAGUGGUAUUGGAUUAAUGGAGAGAUGAUGCUUGUUUUGGAUAAUGACGGGGAAUUAAUAUUUAAAUAGAACAGUCGCGGCGCCGUGUGGUUGUUUACUGUAACUGCAGCGAUGGUGAAAAGCAGAUGAAAUUGUACUGAACUACCCCCGGCAGUGCUGGAGAGGGCAGUGUCGAGCGAAAAAAAAUAUGCCUGUCUAAGUUAUUUAGCUGUGUGUGCGUAUCAAGGAAUAUUGUGCAGUCACCGUGGCUGUAAGUCCGUCUUUCAUUCCAUAUCAGCAUGUGCUGACAAUGUCUACAAAUGGGUACAAUAUAAAAUACAAGCGACGAACAACUAGUAUUGGGAAAGGCAACUCUAAAGCAGUAAAUGUUUUUUUUUCUCUGUGGACGUAACCACUGCUCCGGUGAACAGGGGGACAUGGUGUCCCCGAAAUAACGCCGACGUGCGCAGCUGGCACAAAUAUUGACAAAAGAGCGGCGAUUGAUUGCCAUUAAAUUGACCAGAUACGUGAUUAUUGCUGUCUUUGAACUUGCGGCAUAUGCGCACUGUUGUGUAUCCCGGCCGUGUUUCUCGUCCCCCCAGGGGUCGGCCAGUGGACGCGCCUGGAAUAACCUCCGUGCGGACGGGCUGAGAGCGGAGAGACAGCGCCAGCCAGUGGAACAUGGCGGAGACCGUGCGCUCGCUGUUUGAUUACCGGGAGCCUCCGACCCUGGAUAGCGACGGGGAAGGGAGCAAGCCGCCGCCUCCGCUGGGGCGAGUCUGUGGUCGGAAGAGGAAGGGGACGCCCGUCAAGAUGUGUGACCGAGUCUUUGUCACCGAAGAUGAGGAGGAGAGUAUGUCAGAGCACAGCUUCUGCCCAGGUGAUGGCCAGUACCAGGAGGGGGAGGAGGACAGGCUGGCCCCACCUGAAGGCUCCUACUACCUAACAGACCCCUCCCAGCUAUGUGUUUCAGAGCUGGGGGAUGAGGGUGGGAGCGGGGCCAGAGGGGCCGUCCUUUACCCACCUCCUCCAAACUGCCGAAUUAGAGAGGUGCAUUGUGGUAGUCAGGUUCGACUUGUCGUCAUAGCAAUCCGAGACAUCUCCAAGGGUGAGGAGAUUACAGUGGAUUACAGUCUAACGGAAUGGGGAGAAAAUGCUAUGGGUUUCCACAGCGUUGUCUCUCCCAGUGCCUUCGAGUGCAGCUCCGACCCAGAGAACAACAUCAAGAAGGAGGAGGAGCCUGGCCCGGUGUCUCUCUCCCUAGCUGUGUCCGACUACCUCACCCCGUCCUGGUCCCUGUCCCCUUCCUCCUCACCACUCUCCCACUCGGAAGCCAGCGACUCAGACCGCGAGGACUAUGAGGAUGAAGAAGAUGAGGACGAAGAGGAGGAUGUGCGAGCAGAGGAGCAGCACCGGGGACGGAUGCUCCGGCGGCGCAGGCGCCGCAAAACAGCUGCCUCUGCAGCCAAGAGAAAGAUGACUCCACCACGGACAGCCGGCUGUUCACUAUCCUUCUGCGCCGGAACCCCAAACUCCGGCCCUCGGCCCCUCUUCAAACCACCCACUUCGGCACCUCCUGCCAAGAUUGUCAACAACAGUAUAGGCGUGGCUGUGGGGCGGAGUGCAGCAGUGGUGGGUGGGGCAGGGCAGCGGCAGCGCUGCAUGCACUGUGGCCGGCACUUCCGCUCGUUGGCACGCCACCUGGAGAAACACCAUGCCCAGCAGCCUGAGGUGAGGGCUGCCUUGGAGCGUGCCCAGUUUCUCCCCCAGGCAGGCUCCGCCCUCUGCUUGCCAUCAGCCCUGCCCACCUCUGCCCCACCCAGUCUCUUCCCCAGAGACCCUCAGCCCAGCCCCGUGUUACUCUCGGUCUCCCCUCCGGCCUCAACCCUAGCCUCAGCCACACCCAGGAAAAGCCCCGCCCUUUCUGUCUCACCAAGGAAGAGCCCCGCCCCUGUACCGGCCACGCCUCCCAGAAAGGGACCUGCUCCUGGUGUCGCUCCAAAGAAGAGCCCCGGGACCUCGACUCCACCCAGGAAAGGCGUGCGCAGGAUGAAGAGGGAGAGGGAGGAGGAUACAGAGGGGUCCGCACGACCUAAUGAGGAAAAGCCAGAGGAGGCACUGAAGGAGAGAGAACCCCAGGGGGGGGCAGAUGGAAGAGAAGAGGAGAGUGCUGGGGAGGAGAAGAAAGGAGGUGUGUCCAGCGGCCGGCCCCACAUGCUGCCCCUGCUCUCCUCACUCUCAGCAUUGGUGCUCUACCUGCGCCGGCUGCAGCACUCAGCCUUCCUCUCGCUGAUGCGCUCCCCCCAGUCGGCCGAGGCCUGGCGGCUGCUCUGCCACUCCAGCCUGGCUCUGCUCAUCCUCUACAACCGGCGGCGUGAGUGCGAGGCCUCCAAGCUCACCCUGGAGGAGUACCGCCUACGGACAAGGCCGCAGGGCCCUGCCUCGGCCCCACCCGGUGCCCCACCUGCCCUCACCCCCCUGGAGGCCUCGCUGUCCCCCUUCGAGCGCCAGGUCCUGCCUCACCUGCCCCGAGUGGGCGUGCAAGGCAAGCGGGGCCGCGUACAGCCACUCAUCCUGCCUCCCCAUAGCGAGCCCUGCUUGGAGAUGCUGCUGCAGACACGGCCUGGUGUUGGCGUGGAUCCUCAGAAUCCCUACAUGUUCGCCCGGCCUUACCACUCGCCGGCCACACCACUGCGCGGUACUGACUUGCUGCGAAGCCUGGCACGUGCCAGCGGGACCCGCAACCCUCGGGCGCUGACCCAGACGCGGCUACGGCGGCAGGUGGCCAUCCUGACGCAGCUGCUACUGCUAGCUGAGGGGGACGGGGGCACCGAGGGUGGCGAGGCCGCCUGCCGUCGGUUGGAGAACUUCUUGCAGAAGGAGUACCAUGUGACACAGAGCUGCGCCGGGAUUGGCCAGGACCCGGGGUUGAUGGGACGUGUGGCCCGGGUGGUGCUGUGUGGGGAGCGGGACGGCGUUCUGUUCCGGGGAAUGAGCCUGCACCACAUCUGUCUGGAGCUGGAUGUGAUGUCAGGAAACUCGGCGGACUCCUUCUCGGAGGAAUCGGAGGGGGAACGAAUGCCAGGCAAAGACAAGGAGGGCAGGGCCAAAAAGGGCGGGGCCAACAGUCGCUCCCCGCGACAGAAGAAGGUUGGCGGCAACCCCGCGUCCAGUGGACCCACCCCCCCUUCCCGAAAACGGAGCAGCGGCCAGUCUAAGCCAGGUAAGCGUGGGGUACUGAAGCGGCCGUGGUCAGAGGCGGAGCGUGCAGCCGUAGAGGCCCACCUGACGCAUAACAUCAUGGAGCUGCGAGUUCCGGCCAAGGCCGACUGUGAGCGCUGCUUGCAGCACUGCCCCCUGCUGGUCAGCAACCGCAGGGACUGGAGGGCCAUCAAGUUCUACUGCCACAACCGGAUCCAGCUGCUCAAAAAGAAAGGCCAGCGGGAGAGCAUGGCCCAGGUGGGGGCAGUGUCCGUCUGAAGCAGGAGAGUGCCCCCUGCAGGCUGAGAGGGUGCAUGACCCUGAAAGAAUGUGACAGUACUUGGUACAAGUGUUCACCCCGACGAGACACAGCAGGCUGAUGAAGCCCAGCACAGGUGCCCUUCUGAGCCGGGCAAGGCCGGGUCUGGCAGAGACGACGGGACGGCCAAGUAGCCACAUGACCACAUGUCAGCCCCCAGACUCCUUUUUGGGCUGGUGCUCGUUCUACCUCUGUGUUCAUUUGUUGUUUGUUUCACCAGCUGAGUGCUUGUGUGGCAUUCUGGGAGAGGCUGGUCAUCAUCGGCCCUGGCCCCCGUCCCGUCCCAGGCUGAUUUCCAUUUUUUCUUUGUUUGAAAGGGGCUGUCAUGGUAGCGAUGAGGAGGGGGUCCAUCGAGGUUCAUUCCACUCUUUCGUAACUGGGACCCAAAUCAGAUAAGCCUUUUAUUUUUUUUUUUUAAGAAGAAAGUGACCAGGGUAUAGAAACCACAAAUAAAAGUAGGACACGUUUGUGACUAAUUUUUUUUUUCUUUAAAUUCUAUGGUAGAAUUAAAUUAAAAAAUUAUAAUGAAAGUGUUUUUAUUUUUUAACGACCUCGUCACUCUGGUCAGGGGGUAUGCUGUAUCGUUGACCUGAGAGUUAAAUUGUAAUCCAGGGGAUUAUCCAGAAGUUGGGGGCUGUUUGUCCUAUUAAAACGUACAACACUGAAAA